GUUCGCUCGGUUCCUCUCCUGACGAAGAUGAAAGGCGGCGGCGGCGGCGGCAGGAGCAGCAACAACAGGAGCCACUGUCGGCAAAGUUAAGCCCGAGCUCCGCCAGCCCGAAUCCCGGGCGCCGAUGGAGGCCCUGGAAUGGGACGCGCUGAGGAACGGCAGCUUCCUGCCUACUCUGAGCCCGGCUGUGCCCCCGUACGUGAAGCUGGGUCUCACCGUCGCCUACACCGUCUUUUAUUCGCUCCUCUUCCUGUUCAUUUACAUCCAGCUCUGGCUGGUCCUGCACUACCGGCACAAGCGGUUUAGCUAUCAGACGGUCUUUUUAUUUCUGUGCCUGCUCUGGGCUUCUCUUCGGACGGUGCUUUUCUCCUUUUAUUUCAAGGACUUUGUCGCCGCCAAUUCCCUCAGCCCCUUCGCCUUUUGGCUCCUCUAUUGCUUCCCGGUGUGCCUCCAGUUUUUCACCCUGACGCUUAUGAACCUUUACUUCACCCAGGUGAUUUUCAAAGCUAAAUCUAAAUACUCACCAGAAUUACUUAAAUACAGGUUGCCCCUCUACUUGGUGUCUUUCGUGGUCAGUCUACUUUUCCUGCUGGUGAAUUUAACAUGUGCUGUGCUUGUGAAAUUAGAAAAUUCAGAAAGGAGGAUAAUUGUAUUGGUCAGGGUUGCUAUAAAUGACACUCUGUUUGUACUCUGUGCCAUCUCACUCUCCAUUUGUCUCUACAAGAUUUCCAAAAUGACCUUAGCAAAUAUUUACUUGGAAUCCAAGGGAUCAUCAGUAUGCCAGUUAACAACAAUAGGAGCAACUGUUAUACUACUGUAUACCUCAAGAGCCUGUUACAACCUGGUUAUUUUAUCAUUUUCUCAAAAUAAGGCAAUGAACUCUUUUGAUUAUGAUUGGUACAAUGUAUCUGAUCAGGCAAAUCUGAAAUGCCAGUUGGGUGAUGCUGGCUAUAUAGUAUUUGGAAUAAUCUUGUUUGUGUGGGAACUUCUCCCCACUUCCUUGGUGGUGUUUUUCUUCCGUGUUCGAAAUCCUACAAAAGACCUAACAAAUCCAGGAAUAGUACCAACCCAUGCUUUUAACCCAAGAACUUAUUUCUUUGACAAUCCUCGCAGAUAUGACAGUGAUGAUGAUUUGGCAUGGAGCAUAUCACCACAUGGCAUAUAUGGCAGCUUCUCUCCUGAAUCCUAUGACUGGGGAUAUCUAAAUAACAGCUUAAUGGUUCAAGUUGGAUCCCUGCAACAUGAUUUCAUAUCAGAUUCUCAGCGACGAAGUCCAAUAUAACAACAGACCAAUGAUACUCCCUCCCCUUCAUUCAACUUUAGUAAGAAGGGUUGUUUUGCAAGGACUUACAUACUUAAAUUAUGUACAAAAGAACUGAGUCUGAGUUUAUAUUGUUAAAAAUAUUUGAGUUUUAAAGAUUUGAGUUGCUGAAAAAAAUCUUGUUUUCUAUAUUUACAAUUUAGAAAAAUGGUUUGAAAAACUCUAAAUUUUGAAAAAAGUCAAAUAUUUAAAAUGUGAAUAUGUAUAGACCUGGUAGUGUUUAAAAUUUUAAUUUAAUUGUACAAUAUAAUGCCCAGUGAAACGUAUGUUGAUAGGAGUUUUUGACCUGUAUUAACAUGCAAAUUUAACUAUUUAAAAUAUAUUAUUAGUUUUAGUAAAUUGGUCAUUAAAAUAAUUUUGUAUGCAUUUACUCAUGCAUGAGUGAGGGUGACAAACAGAUUGAAAGAACUGUUUUGUCCCACUAAGAUUGUCUAUGUUUUAUUUCGACUUCCUGUCCUCUUUGAUUAUACCAGGAAGCUACUAACUUUAAAAAACAAAGAAGAAUUUGCCCUGAGAUACAGUUUAUAGUUGUGUCAGCUUUAGCAGUCCAUAUAAUAAAUUGGAAUUUACAGUA